AUGACUGUUAAAGCAAUCACCGAUGAAGCUCACUUCCAAUCCGAACUAGCCGCAGCAGGAGGAAAAUUGAUCGUUGUGGAUUUUACCGCAGCUUGGUGUGGACCGUGCCGAAACAUAUCGCGUUUGUUCGAUCAGCUCCCGGCGAAAUAUCCAAAGGCUGUGUUUCUCAAGGUGGACGUCAACAGUUUGUUUAUUUUCUACCGUGCCAGAACAAAGAUUGACAGGAUGCAGGGUGCAGACAUUAAUGGACUUGAAGCCAAAAUACAGAAACAUUACGUCGCCAGCUUGUAUGAAUCUGGAGAAGAUUACGGUCAUGGAAUGUUGGACUUGAACACCUUCAUCCAGAAGAACCAGUGCGAAUAUUUGAACGAAUCGAACGACAACCCAAUAGUGAAUGCGCUCAGUUCCAGCGGUGGUUAUCUGGUGUACGAUUGUGACGAACAGUUGAUCAUUUCGAUUACCUUCAACCAGCUGGUCAAAAUCAGUGCCAUCAAGUUCAAAGCACCGCCCUCUCACGGACCGAAAAAGGUAAGAAUCUUUAUCAAUCAACCAAGCACAAUCGAUUUCGAUAUGGCCGAAUCGCAAGUUUCGGUGCAGGAUCUGGUACUGGGGCAGAAGGAUCUUGUGUCGGGAUCGCCGAUUCCGUUGCACUUCGUUAAAUUUCAGAACGUGCAUAAUAUGCAGCUGUUCGUGAAGGAUAACCAUUCUGGUGACGAGACGACCAUUAUCGAUCAUUUGGCCUUCAUCGGGUCACCGAUUGCAUCGACUAAGAUGGAUGACUUCCAGCGGGUUUCUGGGAAGAAGGGUGAAAGCCAUUGUUGA